CGCUUCUGACAUACGAGACAACGAGUCUAGAGUAUGUGGAGGUGCCACAGAGCUUCUGUAUAAUGAUCCUUGUCGCCGUUUUGUCAACGGAUUUACAAUCGAGGGUAGAUGGAUGCGUAUGUGGCGGUUUGAGCGUAGCCAUGUCUGCGUUUCCAAGAAAUUCGAUUUUCACGAGAACCCAAAGCCAUUCCUGAAAUUUCUCCUAUAUAUCCUAUUCUCGUCACCCCAAGAACUUGGCUUUGAUCCCACUGUUCGCCGCUACAUCAAGCGUGUUCCCAAAGGCGUGGAUCCCCCGUCUUCUGGAGCAAGUAGCUACCGAUACGAAAUUGCGUACCGCUAUCAGGUCGGUGAGAAGUUUUUCCUCACGGAAGGGCCUCCCAUCUCAGAAGAGGCUGCAUACUGGGUCGCUUCUCGAGCUACGCGAGUAUGGCGCGUUAGGGAGAUGUUUUUCCCAAAUCCCGGCGAUGAAACUGUCUAUACGCUCGGAGACCUCAAGGCACUUAAGGAUACCUACCUCUUUGACGACGCGGUUUUGGAGAGAGAUAUCAGAGAUCAAAUUAUGGAGUCACUGAAAGGCGUUGCCGAAGUCAACAUCGAGAAUGCUGCGCGGUACUUCAUGGAUUAUGAGCUUGAUGAAGUCGUCAGGUUGCCCAGCGAGGACGAGAAGUGGGUUGAGGAUGACCUGACUAGCUGCACGGACGCCAACGUACGCGCCUUCUAUACUCCUGACUCUAUCGGACACGGACCCAAUGCCCUCCCUGAGUCCCAACGUGCAUCUACCUCCCAACGAGAUUCGAGCCGACCCACUCCUACCGAUUCGCAAGCGGGUGCAUCUGGUGGACAGACGAAGCCAGCAGAGACAUGUUGGGAUAAUCUUCAGUAUCAUCGUCGGAAGCACGUACGAACCGUCUUCUCGCAAGUCUGUCAGAGCAUAUACGAGCUUGACAAUUGGGCAACCUUCAUCCGUUGCAUGAAAAACCUCACGGAAGAGCUGAAUUACAUGCGCCUGGCAGGGUGGGUGCAUCGCGACAUUAGCGGAGGGAAUUGUCUCUGGCAUCCGGAAGCUGAACAGGGGAAACUCACUGAUCUGGAAUACGCGCGUCCUUACAAACACAGCUGCAAGCUUCCCUACGAUCCAAGGACGGGGACGCCUGCUUUCAUGGCUGUGGAAUAUCAACGGCGAGAGUACCUUUACACAACUCGAAUUGGGGAUGUGCCUCUUCCCGUCCUUUGGGACGAAGGCGAGAACGACGACAAUGAUUCAGAAGAAAUACUUGCCCAACGUUUAGCGUUCACUUAUCACUUCUACCAUGAUCUAGAAUCGCUCAUUUGGCUCUAUCCCUGGGCCGCCUGCUUCCGCCCCCCUCGCUGCUUGUCCCCUGAAAGCGUCGAACCGCUCGCGAAAACUCUCAGGGUUGAAGGGAGUCGCUAUUUCAAUUGUGGGAUCGAAAGCAACGAAGCUCGAGUGUCAACUGUGAAGGAUGCCUUGGAUACUAACUUCUUUAUCACCCAACCCUUGCUUGAUAUCUACUUUAGGGGAUCCGGAUGUCGAUUCCUUCUAUCAGGUUUAGAUGUGGUCCGCCCUCUUGCUCACGCGUAUAAACACCUUCAGUCUCUUCAAUUAGACGACAAGCUUCCUAACGGCACUGCAAUUUGGAAUGCUUCUCAAUUCACUGAGGUCCUAUACAACGCCUUCCUCACAGGGUUCAGCAAAAUAGAGGAAGAGAUGAAGCGGCGCAAAGACAUUUUCCCCAUGCACCAUAUCAGCAACAGAUAGGAUAAACCGACAAAACGCACUCGCACAGAAGAUCCGGAUACUCCUACCAAGCAUGCUAGCAACUCACAUAAGAGAGCCAAGGGGCUACAGAUCAUAGUUAGUGAUUGAUUUGUUUAUGCGUACCCGAACUGUUCGAUAAUAUGUAUCCGUUCUAAUAUCGGUGUAGCCUUGUGAAACAUUGCGGUACUAGUUAUAUUACCUACGUGCAAUCCAUUCAUCU